ACUGCUCCGACGACCGCGACGAUGUCGUCGAGCACAGCGCUCAAGACGUUCUCUCUCACCAACGACAUCCUAGAAGUCACCCCUCAAGAUGAAAUUUACCGAUUCGAUGCUGAGGCUAACAGGCGGAUCAAUCAAGAGGCUCCUUGGACGAAAGACCCACACUACUUUAAGUCCUGCAAAAUCUCUGCAGUCGCGCUGAUCAAGAUGGUGAUUCAUGCUCGGUCGGGGGUACCACACGAGAUUAUGGGGCUCAUGCAGGGGAAGGUGGUUGGGAACUCGAUCGUCAUCAUGGACUCGUUUGCGCUGCCCGUACAAGGAACUGAGACUCGCGUCAAUGCGGCUAGUGAGGCCAACGAAUACAUGGUGGAGUAUAUCCAAGGCAGUGAGAAGGCAGGGAGGUUGGAGAACGCUAUCGGGUGGUACCACUCCCAUCCUGGAUACGGAUGUUGGCUUUCCGGUAUCGAUGUGAACACCCAGAUGAACAACCAGAAGUUCCAGGAUCCGUUCUUGGCGGUCGUCAUCGAUCCAAAUCGCACCAUCUCUGCGGGAAAGGUCGAUAUUGGCGCAUUCCGGACGUACCCCGAAAACUACACCCCAACAAACGCAUCUGCAUCGGAGUAUCAGUCAAUCCCGUUGAGCAAGAUUGAAGACUUCGGUGUCCAUGCGAAUCAGUACUACCAGGUCGACGUGGAGAUUUUCAAGUCGAGUUUAGAUAACGAAUUGUUGGCGUUGUUGUGGAACAAGUAUUGGGUGAACACGUUGAGCCAGAGCCCGCUGAUUUCGAAUAGGGCGUAUUCUGUGUCACAGCUUUCUGAUCUGCACCAGAAGCUUGCGAAGGCACAGUCCUCUGUCAACUCUACCCGCGCCCAUGUACCCACUCUCAAGGAGAAGGACGCUGGAACUGGUACACAAAAGCAAAAAGAGAAAGACGAGAAGAAGAAGGAUGACAACCAACUGGCGAAGAGCGUCAAGGACAGCACGAGGAUUGCCGUCGAGGCCCAGCAUGGGCUUAUAGCGCAAGUAAUCAAAGACGUGAUUUUCUCAAUGAGACCCCAGAAUGGCUCGACGAACACUUCGCAGAUAUCAGAUGUUGCGGAUAUGGCCAUAGGCUAAUUCGAAUUCAUUUGGAGACGCUGUGCCGCUAUGUUGUAUUGUUGUUGGAUCAGAACUGUGUCAUUGUACAUGCAUGUAAUACUACGCAAGCUCCAUCCGUUGCUUGGAAUUUCAAUCAGGU